AUGACAUCCGACAGCGAACCCAAGGCGCCCCACCGCGUCCAUGACGCCGAGACAGGCUCCGCCGACGCCGCCUUUGGCCGGGACAAGGACGAGGCCAUCGCCAUGGUCGGCGACCGGCCCAACGAGAUCGACCCCGUGGUGGCCGCGCGCGCCGUGCGCAAAACGGACUUGUUCCUCAUACCAGCCAUGAUUGUUGGAUAUGGCCUCGUCUACUACGACAAAGCCAUCCUCGGCUCCGCCGUGCUCUUCGGCAUGACGGGCGAUUUGCAGCUCGCCGUCGUCGACCAGUCCACCACGCCCCCGACCGUGGACACCUCCCGCCUCAGCUGGGCCACCUCGCUCUUCUACUUCGGCAUGCUCGCCGGUCUGUACCCCAUGACCUACGCCCUGCAGCGCUUCGACAUUGGCCGCAUCCUCGGCGGCGUCGUCAUCGUCUGGUCCGCCAUCUGCCUCGCCACCGCCGGCGUCACGUCCUACCAGGGCCUCUACGUCCAGCGCUUCUUCCUCGGCUUCAUCGAGAGCAUCAUCCCCACCGGCUUCAUGUGCAUCGUGUCCGGCUACUACACCCAGGCCGAGCAGUCCCUCCGCCAGAGCUGGUGGUUCAGCAGCACCGGCCUCUUCACCAUCAUAGGCGGCGCCCUCAACUACGGCUUCGCCCAGAUCACCGGCGGCGGCCUUCGGCGCUGGCAGUACAUCUAUCUCCUCGCCGGCUCCAUCACCUUCCUCUUUGGCCUCUUUUGCUUCGCCAUGCCCAAUUCCCCGUUGCGCCAUGGUCAGACGGGUGUGCGCUGCACCAAAUUUAAGGCCGGCCAGCUCAAGGAGGCCGUUCUCGACAUCAAGGUUUGGUUGAUUGCUCUCAUGAUGGCUACUGCGUACACGAUGAACGGAGCCGUUAGUGGCUUUGGGCCUCUGAUUGUCAGCACGUUUGGAUGGAACACCCUGCAGUCCAUCCUCUUCCAGUUCCCCCUCGGCGGUUUGUGUUUUAUCGUCAUCCUUGCGACUGGUUAUCUGGGUUCCAAGUUUCCCAACAUCCGCAUCAUCAUGCUCAUCAUCACUUGCUUGCCUGUCAUGGCUGGCUGCGCCAUCAUUUGGAAAAGCGAGUGGACUUACCACGCCGCUGCGCCCGUUGUCGGAUAUUCCAUCACCGGUUUCUUCGGCGGUACAAGCUUCAUGGCAGCCACCAUCUUUGUGGCGUAUUGCGUUGGUAACAUCGUCGGCCCUCAGCUCGUCAAAUCCCAGUCUAAGGCGGAUCACUAUCCUGAGCUCUGGCUUGGCUUGAUUAUCUGCUACCUCAUCUGUAUAUUGGCCUCUGUUGCGCUCUACUUUGUGCUGUGGCGCGAGAACAAGAAGCGUGAGGCAACCGUGCCAGAGGACGAGGCCGAGAGGGCAAAGCUCGCGUUUAUGGAUUUAACCGAUAAGGAGAACCCAUACUUCCGAUAUGUAUACUAG